UUCUUCUCCCUCUGUCAUUUUUUCUGUUUCAUAUAAAUUUGGGAAUUCUUUCUGUCAGGUUUCCGGCAUUCUGAGAUUAGUUUCGGUUCUGUGACACUGCCCGGCGCUAUCUCGAUAUCUCUCUGCCCCAGCCGCCCGUAGCCGCCAUUCAUCCCGUCCAUGCGGCACACUUUCUCUCUCGAGAUUCGUUCAACGGCCUCUUUGAUUUUGAUCGUCUGAUUGCGAUCGUGAAUGUUUUAUCUCAGGCGCACCAACAGCUGAAUUUAUCGUCGUCGACCUCUUCCCGUCCUGUCCUCCCUCACCGGGCCGACGUCUCCUCCGACCCCUUCGUUACGUCGUGUCGGUCCCUGCUCCUCGAGGGAUCGCCCGCCGUCACCAUGUCUCUCCACACCUCAUAUCACGCCGACUCUGAUGCGGACGACGAGUACGAGCGCAGUGUCAUCACGUCCCCCCAUCUCGAUUCCGAGGCGUCCCCCUCCGAGUCCGACUUCCCCUCUUCCGAGCAGACCCCGACCACAUAUGCGAAUGCCGACGAACACCCUAAAUCCCCCAGGACAAUCAUCACCGAAUGGACAGCUGAAGAAUGUGCUCACUUUCUGGCCGCCCUCGGCCUUCGUCAAUAUUGUCCAGCCUUCCUCGAAAACGAAAUCGUGGGAGAAGCGCUUAUCGCCCUGAAACACGACGAGUUGAAGGAAAUGGGGAUUGCUAGUGUGGGACAUCGGUUGACGAUCCUGAAAAGUGUCUAUGAGACGAAGGUGAAGCAAGAUAUUCCGCUGGAUACAGACCACUAUAUUCCUCUCUCGGCGGAUCAGAGUAUGAACGAAAAUGCGUCACAGGAGGAUGUUGCGCGUCUAAUUCAGUCGAUUCGAUUGCGAGAUGAGCGUAUUGUCACGGUGGAGACCGAGUUGCGCCGGAUGGCAGACGACUAUCGCCGGCUGAGAGAGGAGCUUCUACCGGUUUUCAAAAUGGCCAAGGACCGUUCGCAGCCGUUGCCCCCGCCGACAUCCAUGGCCGGAUCGGCCCCGGAUGGAUAUCAUGACAGUCAAACACUUACUUCGCCCUCCUCCGGGAUUACUCUCCUAGAUCGUUCAGCGAGUAUCGCCCGAACCUUCUCCAAGAGGCUUCACACGGGAGGCACCACCCCCAAGAACAAUUCUCCCACCCACAUCCCACCCUCGAUCCACGAGGGCCGUAUGUACCCAGAGAGUAGCGUGUUAGAUCCGUCAUCGGCGCACUACGUGAAUGGAAAGUCACAGCUGUCGCCGGGCAUUCCAUCCCCCACCUCUCCGGGCGUUCAUUAUGCCGCAACGCAGACCCUAGCCUCCCGGUCAUAUAAUCAACCGACCCCCAACACAAGCCGCAGCCCCUACGAGCACCACGACGAACCUCUAUCUGCCCAGACCCGUGAGCGCUUAAACCCUACACCGACCCAAGCAACGCGUCCAGACGUUCCGACUCGGUCAGAUUCUCGAGCUGGUAAUGACCCACCGAGCGUGGAGAUAUUCAAAUCCUUCCGUGUCUCCAUGGACGAUCCUUGCCAUAAGGUUCUUCCGGCUGCCCUGAAGAAGUACAAUAUCAAUGCCGAUUGGAAGCAAUAUGCACUGUAUAUUGUGUACGGGGAUCAAGAACGCUGUCUGGGUCUGGAGGAGCGGCCACUCAUUCUCUUCAAGCAGCUAGAAAAGGAGGGGCGGAAACCCAUGUUCAUGUUACGCAAACAACUGCAACACCCGGUGGAAAGUGGCUAUCCGCCGGUAAAUCCCAUGCCCAACAGCGCUGGAUUUGAGAAUCGGCAGGCACAGAUCAAUCUACCUGGCGGGGUGCUGUGAUCUAGCCCUGCCAUGGGCUUCGUGGGACAACCUUGAACAAGAUCCGUGACAUUAUUCUCUGUUGCUUGAGAUACCCCUUUCCAAGCGAUCACGUUUCAUCUUUACUUCUUCUUUUUCAUUUUACGGAACACUAAUCUUUACCUUUGGCUUGGGAAUUUCUUGUUCACAUGGUGUUUGGUGUUUGGGGGGCCAUCGAGGAUCGGAAAAAGCAAA